CCCUCUCCAGUCCGGAAAUUGUACUUCCGGUUCUGUCUCUUUCAGUGGUAAACGAAUUGGCAAGAUGUCGCUCGUAAUUCCAGAGAAGUUCCAGCACAUUCUUCGUGUCAUGGGCACGAAUAUUGAUGGUAACAGAAAAGUAAUGUUUGCUAUGACAGCAAUUAAGGGUGUUGGUCGCCGUUAUGCCAACAUUGUUUUGAAGAAAGCUGAUAUUGAUUUAGACAAACGCGCUGGAGAAUGUUCAGAAGAAGAAGUUGAAAAAAUUGUUACUAUAAUGGCCAAUCCUAGACAAUACAAAAUUCCAGAUUGGUUUUUGAAUAGACAGAAGGAUAUUGUUGAUGGUAAAUAUUCACAGCUCACUAGCUCCUACUUGGAUUCUAAACUUCGUGAAGAUUUGGAACGUAUGAAGAAAAUUCGUGCCCACAGGGGUUUGCGUCACUACUGGGGUCUCCGUGUACGCGGUCAGCAUACCAAGACUACCGGUCGUCGUGGACGUACAGUGGGUGUAUCGAAAAAGAAGUAAUUUUAUAUUCUUUUGAUUAUCAAUAAAAUUAUAAAACAGCAUUUUUUAAUGAU